AUGGCCGCUCUGCCGGUUGAUCGAGAUAUCAGUCUUGGUGGCGAGCAAGGGCCGUGGUUAGGCCGUGGUGGACGUCCAAGACAAGAAGCGCAGGGUCGCGCGGCUGCUUCACUUGCACCCAACUUGCACCUUCCCUCCGUCAUCGCUAUCCCAGCGCUCAGCACUCAGCGCUCAGUACCAGUCUCAAAGUCCGUAGUCGAAGUCCAGGUCAUGCUUGAGUCACACGAUCAAGAUGCCAAUGGUACUAUCCUGUGUCCACCGAGUCCGAAACAGAAAUUCUGCUCUGCUCUCUACGGGCUGGGACUCGCUGACCCUCGCGUUGGCGCGCUCAAGUUCGACAUGGACCUGGGCACCCUGUGA